AUGUCAGUGGAGUGGGGAGGCCCAUGUUGGCUUUCAAGCUCCAGCUCCUCAAGCGGCGUCAAGGUAAGUUCCUUCGAAGCCCUGUCGCACUGGCCGAGAACGAGGAGCAAGCUUCUUCGCCAUGGCGUUGUCAAGGUUGACGUGGAGCUUCCUCACAUGCAGCUUCCGAAGGACUCGAAAUUCGAUGAUAGCCUGAAGCUUGAGAGGGCCAACAGGUCGCCAGGUCCGAUCCCUCUGGCGCUGCAAAGGAUACAUCGAUCCGCUGUGGCGAAGAUUCUUCAAGGAUUGAGGCUGAGCCUUCGCCGACUUACGGCGAUUUUGCCCACGGGGCUAGGAGACGGUGCAGUCGGAGCACAGGUGGUCAAGGAGCACUGGUCCAAGGUGACUAUGCGGCCUUUUCGUGUGCUAGUGCUGGUGCCAUCGGACAUGGUGCAAGAAACCGAAGCGAGGUACAAGGCUAUAGCAGGAGAAGGUCUCUUCGUGAUGCGCAUGGAGCCUGGCGGAGACGGAACCGACAAGCUCGUGCAGGCCAUGUCCCAGUGUUCCGGAUUGGUGAUGGUAGGCGGUUACUCCGAUGUUAUGCACUUCGUCAGGGCGCAUCGCCGAAGCCGCGCACAGCUACUGAACUUGCUGGUGUGCGAGAUGGCACAUGCUGCGCUGGGUGCAGACAAGGAUGCCGAGAAAGUGGUCAUGAACUGGGAGAAAGCAUUUCGAGUGAAGGUGCUCCAGUCUGUCUUUCUUUCGGCCCAGUCUCUGGAGCCCGAGCCAAUCAGGGGACUGGAGGAGCACCAGCCACCGUCACUUGCACGGCACGUUUGCGAAACCCGGCAGGAAGCAACGAUGGACGUGUGUGACACACAGUUGUGA